AUUCUUGCUGCGGCCGUGGUGUAUGCAGGUGGAAACAGUGGAGAAGCAGCUUGCUCGGGAUAAAUCCACACAGGACCAUGGGCGGCGAGUCCUGCUGCCAAUAACAGGGAGGUGGCCCAAUGCUGCUUAGCAACAGCCAACCCAGCUGGACCUGACAGAAGUGGCUCCUCCUAAUUUUUUGGGAGUGGAGGGCGGACUAUGACUAGGAUUUUUUGACAGCAGAGUUUUGAAAAUGUGGAAUCUUCAGUCUCUGGGCGCUUUAUACUACAUUACAAUUCUGCACUUGACAAGGACAAGAUGACUUACAGCUCUUUUGGAAAUAAUGCAGCAUAUUUAUGCAAUGUUCAAAAUGUAUAAGAGGAAGGACUGUAACUGUAUGACAUACUAGAUAGUAUCAAAACACAAAUGCAGAAAUCCAGAGUGCUAUGGAGAAUGAACUGGACAAUCUUUCAGAUGUCAAGAAAGAGAGUAUGUAAUAUAAAGCUGUAAAGAGCACUGUUCAUUGUUCUAUCACAACCAGUUGCCCCUCUGCCUUCCUUGUUGAGAUGAGUGUUUCUGAGCCCGGUGAGAGCUUCCUUGUCAGGAGUAAAGGUGGAUCCAGCAUGAGGUUACCUCUUCACAGAUCAGGAGACCACAACGCGAACGCUUUCUCAGUUUCCUCUUCCUCUUCGUCUUCCUCCUCCUCUUCCUCUUCCUGUCUGGGAGAGUUGUCUCCCAAGUCUCUGCAGAGUCUGAGCACCCUCAAUGCGGGCCAAACAGACAGCCCAUUGGACUAUGACAUGUUUGAAGUCACCUUGAUGACAGAUGUUGUAAUUUCAAAAUGGGUGUCAAAGGAGGACCAAAGCAAAUCAGAUAACAAUGAUGAUGUCUCAGUGGGAAAGAUACAAACAGUAAUGGAGCAGUCAGAAUCCAAUGAUAAUUCUGUGUCUGUUUAUCUGGAUGCCAACAGUGGAGAAUACUGCCAAGACACCUGGAACGAUAAUGACAACCUGACUCUGGCCCUUUCACUAACAACAAACAGCUGUAGCUGUGGCAAUAAUGAUGACCUCUGCAGUGGAAGUGGAAGAAAGAAUGGCUCCUCAAGUCCAGAUUCAGACACAACAGAAAUCCCUGCUGAUGAUGAUGAAGAGGAGGCUUUGUUUCUGUCUGUGAGUUCUGACUUGGGUGUACGGAGAGGUAGCAUGACCCUCACAAGCUCAACAAGUCAAUCCAACAUUGGCCUGAUGAUCCCAGGUGACUCUGCUGUGAUGACUGAGCUUCAGACAGAGCGAACUGUGGACAUGAAUGUAGCUGAUGAUGAGAGGCCAGAGCUGGUGCUAAAAGGGCCAGAGGUUGCCUGUUCUCUGGAUCUACCUAUUGGAAGCCGGACAGAACCUCCUGUUCCUGAGGACCUUCAUGAAAACAUACAGAUAUCAUCAUCUUAUCCUUCCUCUACCAAUCCAGCACAAGAUUCUAAGGAAGUCACAUCUCCUCCUCCUGAGGACACUGAAAAAUGUCUGUUGGGCUCCAAAUCUACCCAGCCUAACACCAGUCAGCCUGCCAGAGCAGCAAAAACCAAACCAACCACUGUUACUUCAACUACUCCCAAGGCGAUUGCCUCCACAGGCAUCAAACUGUGCAGUGUGGAGGCAAAGAGAGUUUCCAAACUGGACCAAAAAAAUGUCAAGGCUAAAGUUGGAUCAAGGUCCACCUCAGCCCCACCUAAAACACCCAGUCAGCAGAACAAAUCUGCUCAAGCUAACGGAAAGAAAGCUGUUUCUAGGAAGGAGGAAAUGCAGACUGGGGAUGGGCAUAAAAGUCAGAGGUCAUCUGCAGAUCCAGCUGAAGUGGCUGUGGUGCUGAAACCCUUCAGAGGAAAGAGCAGUAACUUCAAAACCCACCAUGAGACAGCAGCCAAUGACUCUGUUCAGCAAGAGAAGACGAGUAUGGCUGUCAGUCGAACACUGAAUACCUCAACCAGCUCUCUGGGGUCCAAAGUUGUUGAGGAAAGAUCCCUGGACACUCCCAGGAAGGCUGUCCAGGAAGUGCUUGAAAAACAUGGAACAGCUGCAAAUACAGAGACAACACAUCCAAGAGAAGAUGCUGGUGAAGAAUUUGUCGAGGACCCAAGGGAGGAUACUGGAGAAGCCUUGAUGACAGUGGAGAAACCCAGGGGUCAUAGCAGGAAAGUCUCCUCCAAGUUGGGGCCUAAUGCCAGGCAGCAGGGGAGAGGCACCAGAGUGGAUAAAGCCUCUGGACCAGCUCCACCUUCAGGCUCAGGGGCUGGACCUCCAGGACAGGGGAGCCAUGACCCCAGGAAAGCCCAGAUUGAUGACUUCAUGUUAGGAGAAGUUGGACAGAGCGCUGGGGGUGGAUCUCCAACAAGAGUGAGGCAGACCCAAAGUCAGAGCCAGGGUAUUACCAAACUUCGCACCAACUCAGAGCGAGCAUCUACCUUGACUGCCCAGGCAACCUCCACCUGCAAACCAACAGCCAAUCAACAGCCAGCUGUGGGGUCAACUGGGCGACCUGCUGCACCCGUGGCAUCAAAACUUCCUGUUAAGGGAUUAACUACAAGCCCAAGUUCUUCAUCACUGGGAAGCAGUGAGAACAAUGGAGCGACAAGCAAAGCUUCUCCAGCACCUGCUGUAACUCCAGCACUAACAGGGCCCAAGCCAGAUGAGCGUCCAAGCAAAAGCACAUGUCCCAUGGAUAGCCAGAGUAUGGCAAAGUCCUUGGGCUUAAGCACCACAGCUACCACCAGCAUCAGUACUCCCAGUGAUCCAGUUACCAGUGCUGGCAGUGUCACUCCUGCUCCAAAGCCUCCUGUCAUGAGGACCAGAGCUCUGCCUCUGCAUGCCAGGACCACUGCUACAGGUCUGAAGGCCCCAACAGCCACUAAUCACAACACAGCCAAGACCACAGCUCCCAGUCAAACAGCAGUGCGGACAGCUCCCUCGGCCAUUCAGGGUGUGACGAAGCAGGCGUCCCAAUAUCCCUUGCAAAGAAGUGGCUCAGCAAGACUCAGUAGGCUGAACAGCACUGUGGACAAAAACAAACCCCGGGAGGCACCAGCAAGGCCCACAAACAUCAACAGCAGCUCACAGGUAGCAGCACCUGCAGGAGGAAACAGCCAGAGCCAGCAACAACCUCCACCUGACCUGGUACCAGACGUGGUGAAUGCAAAUUCAGCCCCAGUUCUCCCAGUACUUGUCGCUGAAGUCACCAGCACAGGGUCAGGCACCACUGGAGCCUCUGGACUUAGCAAGAAUGCAAGAACGGGGUCACGAUCCAACCCCAAAACUGGAUCUCGCGUACAGAAUGCGUUUAAACCUAGUGUGGCCAGGGGUGUUGUGGUGGAUGGGACUGUCACGGCUAAACAGAACCACAGCAAAGAGCAGGCCGUGAAGAAGAACCAGGGCAUCAACCAGCUGAAGAAGCUGCUUGUUCAGGGGAAUAAGAGAGUGGAGGCUCUGGCUACAGUUAUCCAACAUCUCUUCACUGAGUGUGAGGAGGCCUUGAAGCAAAAGACAGAGUUGUCGUUGGAACUGACAAACCUCCAAGAUGAGCUGGUUGUGUCAUCACAGCGCUGCAAAUGUCUGCAGAAGGAGAAGGAGGAGGUGCGUGUCAGCCUGGAGGAGGCUUUGAAAAGGCUGGAGGAUCAGCACAAGGAGGAGCUGGUGCAGCUGGAGGACAGAUUGAGAAAUUUUUACCAAACAGAGUGGGACAAAGUUCACCAGACAUACCAGGAGGAGGCUGACAAAUGCCACAUGUUGAUGGAACAGCAGGUCGAGAAGUUGAAGAACCGACAAGAAGCAGAGAGGAAAAACCAGGAAAUUAGUCACAGCCAGAAAAUGGAGUCUCUCAAAUGGCAGUAUGAAACCUCCAUACAAGAGCUGAAGAGGAUCCAGCAAACAGACCGGGAGAACCUGGAGAAAACAUUGAUGGAGACUGAAACUUCUCUCUUGGAGAAAAUAUCUGAGCUGUCAGCAGAAAAGGAGGCUCUGAAUGAAAAGCUGAAAGCAGAAGAGGAGAGGCGGAAGCAGAUACUCACCGACGAACAUCUGAAGGACUCCCACACAGUGUACCUGGAGCAGGAGCUGGAGAGUCUGAAGGUGGUGUUGGAGAUUAAGAACAAUCAGCUGCACCAAAAGGAGAAGAGGCUUAUGGAGAUGGACAAACUGGUGGAGACUAAUGUGAAACUGGAGGAGUGUCUGAAGAAGGUGCAGCAGGAGAACGAGGACUACAAGGCCAGAAUGGACAAACAUGCUGCUCUCUCCAAGCAGCUGUCCAAUGAACAGGCCAUACUCCAGCAGACGCUGCAGAAAGAGUCGAAGGUCAACAAGCGUUUGUCCAUGGAGAACGAGGAGCUGCUGUGGAAACUGCACAACGGUGACCUACUGUCAAGUCCCCGUCGCCUCUCACCAACCUCACCCUUCAACUCACCAAGGAACUCUGCCUCCUUCCCCACAGCUGCACCCUUAUCACCCAGAUAACCCCUCAACAGACAGCACUUCCUCCUCUCCUCUGACCUUUGAUUCUCCUCAUCAUCUUUUUAAGCCUUGGAAGGAUGGAAGGUGGUCCAAAUACAGAGAAAGACUCCUGUCACAGCAGUGUUGUGUGAUUAAUAAAUCACACAAUAAAUGUGUACAUUUUGUAUAAUUUGCAUUAGAAGAGGCUUAUUUUGAAAGCAAAAAGACAUUGCAGUGGCACUGAUGCACUUAGGUCUGAGCGUGGGACUGGCCUUGCUCUCUGUCAGUCUCUAACCAAAUGCCUGGUUCACCAACAAACCUUUUUCUGAAGAAAACUAAAUAACAGGCACACCUCAGGGUCUGUACAUUGUGCCUCACUCUCGUUAUGACUAUCCUUUUGUUUUCUUUUAUGUUGUUUAACUUUAGCUCAUCCUGCUCUUUUAUACUUGUCUUCCAAAAGAGCUGGAAGAGAAACAAACCUUGGAUUUGUGGCUCAUGUAGGUUUGUGGAGAAAGUCUGAAAGUUGUUUGGGUUUGGCAAAUAAUGAAAUGUACUUCUUGGUGGAUUUGUGUGGACUGUUUUGCCUUUUCUCUUAAUUUAAAGGGGAUGUUUUUAUUUUCCCAAAGAGCGAAGCUCAAUCACUGAUCUGCUUUGGAUAUCUGGAAGAAGUGGCUGUCAUAUCUUUCUGUGCAAACAGGAAGCAGUACUCUGUUCACCUGAGGAACUGACCUUCUAUUAUCCAAUGGAGACCUGUUCCUUCAUGUAAACUCCUCACAACCUCUACCUUAAUCUGUUAUGUGGAAUGUAAUCACCCUUGUGAUGUUAAACCAGAGCAGGCCAGUUCAGACACAGUUCAGACCACCCCGUCCCCUUUACUUUUUCAAUUAAACCUCUGACUAACAAAGGGAUACGAUUCCCCCACAUCCUUUAAAACCAUCUUGUGCCCAAACAAAGCAAAGCUGAACUAUUGACUGAUAAGCUAAUAUCUGUCUUUACUUUGGGUCACAUAUAAAAUCCCCACAAAAACACACCAGUGAUUGUUUUCAUGGAGCAAACUCCCAGACUCUCCUUAACCGACAGACACUGCCUUCUGUUUUACUGGAUCCAAGAGAACUAUCACUUUGUCUGUUGUGUGUCCUGGAAAACCUCAGCUGUACCCAAAAUGCCUCAGUGUGUACCAUGUUCUGUUUUAUUUUGGACACAGAAUAAAUACAA